AUGAUGUUUAUCAAGACGCAAUUGAUUUUACUUGCAUUAAUAUCUGUUGUAUUCAGUCAAACAGAUGAUGAAGAAUCAUUUUUAUUCGUUACAAAACAAACAGUUAAUCGAUUUAUUGUACAAGAUAAAGAAUUAACUAUUAAAUAUGGAUUAUACAAUUCUGGUCCAACAACAAUUUUUAAUGUUAAUCUAAAUGAUGUUCACAGUUAUCCAUCUGAAAAAUACGAAUUACUUGUUGGUACACUUACUCCUAAAUGGGAACGAAUUAAUGCAGGAACUAAUUUAACACAUGUUGUUGUUCUUAAACCAAAACAAAGUGGUAUCAGCAAUAGUUCACAUGCUGUUGUCACAUAUCAGAAGAGCGAAAAAAAUACUGAUACUCAAAGAACUUAUUCAUCUGAAAUUGGUGAUGUUUAUAUAAUGACAACUCGUGAAUAUGAUAGACGAUUUUCAUCACAUAUUAUUGAUUGGGUUCUUUUUACUGCUAUGGCAAGUCCAUGUAUUAUUUUUCCAUUUUUUCUUUGGUUUAAAAGCAAAAGCAAAUACGAAUCAUUAUUAAUGAAAGAUAAAUCAACAAAAAAAGCUCAAUAG